AUGCCUAAUGCCAACGCUAAAUGCUUUACACUAGCAAUGCGCAAGGCGUACCACGACAAGAAGGAGGUUCUUCUGGAGAAUGACAUUCUCCCAAAGAUGAGCAAUCCAUUUGAUAUCUUUCACGAGUGGUUCGAGGCGGCCAAGGCAAGCGAAAAGUCCUACACCGAGGUCAAUGCCGUUUGUCUGGCUACUGCCACCAAGGAAGGCAAACCUUCAUCGCGUAUGGUACUUCUAAAAAGCUACGACCCAGUGAAUGGCUUCACCAUCUUCACCAACUACGAAAGUCGAAAGGGCUCUGAAAUCGACGAGAACCCCAACGUCGCACUACUCUUCUUCUGGGACUUUCUCAGCCGUCAGAUUCGAGUGGAGGGAAAGGCAAAACGAGUGCCCGCCUCCGAAUCAGACGAGUACUUUGGCCAGCGACCUCGAGCCUCUCAGGUGUCGGCCCGUAUCAGCGCCCAGUCUCAGCCGGUGGACUCCCGUGACACGCUGCUGAAACGACAAAAGGAGGAGGCAGAUCGGUGGGCAGCUGAAGAGCACAUUCCGCGACCUGACUUCUGGGGCGGAUUUCACAUCAUUCCAGAGCGGUUUGAGUUCUGGCAGGGGCAAUCAGAUCGACUGCACGACCGACUCGUCUUUACGCGAUCUCCACCGCCGGUCAAUGGUCAGCAAGAAGUGAAUGGCGGUGACAAGGAGAAGGAGUGGAGCGUCCAACGACUGCAACCCUAA